AUGAUCAUUGACAUUGGUGUAGACUUCGAUGAUGAACCGUACACAGCUCCACCUGGCGAAGAGGGCUUUGACAUUAGCCACGAGGGCGGUGAAUAUGAGGUUUUCAAAGGUCUGUUGGAGCAAGUCGCUUCCUUAUCACACAUUCGCUAUGUUGAUCCUCGCACGUGCCGUGAUCGCAUUGAACUUCAAAGCGAGCAGUGGCACAGCCAAAUUGACCAAUUAGUUGAUGCCUAUCUGGACUACCGUUUACGCGAUCAUGGUGAUGGAAUGCCAAGCAUAGCAAAUGCUACCCCAGCCAUUGAAGGUAGCGAUUGCCUGUCACUGACUGGUAUCGAUCUCAUGACAUUGCAACCCCAACCAUUCCAUCGCUAUCCCAACGAGACACUUGUCUAUCACGGGUAUCUGGGGUGCUCCCCACUAUAUCUGACCGUACCAUAUUGCCCAUAUUUGAACUCUCAAUUUUCCGACGCAUAUGACACAUACCUUGAGAUAUUAUAUCAUGUGGACCACCGCUUGAAUGAAGCAUUACACUGCAACCGCAACUGGCGUCUACUCAAUGCAUGUCCAUGUUGCACUUACAAACUCGAAGAUGAGCCACCGCUAGCACUUGAGUGGCUUGUCUGUAUCGAUGAUAACAACAGCCUCAAAAGAUGGGUGUCCUCAACUUAUGGCCUUACUGCACGGGAAGAUUCUCGAAAGCCACGUUCUGACUACUGGGUCAAUUGGACAACCGUUGAUGAGUUUAAGGACGAAGUUCGAAGAUCAGCGCCCAGCAAAUCAAACUCAGAUCAACAAGAUGACUGGGAAGAUUUGGGAACUGUCCCAGUGGAAUCCAGGACCAGCUUCAAUUGCACUGAACAGUGGCGAAAUGCUGAACUGGAGCAGCGGAAGAAAAUGUUUUCUGUUUUUGACGAGUCUGGUAUUUUCAUCGCUGCAUGCCGGCACCGCUUUGUGCUUCUCGCCUGUGAUAUGGUGCAGAGUGGCGAACUGUAG